AUGGUCAAAGCCGAUGCCACGCGAAACUACUAUGCCGACCUGAAGGUAUCCCCGACGGCCAGCGAGAACGAGAUCCGCAAGGCUUUCCGAACGCUGGCGCUACAGUACCACCCAGAUCGAAACCCCGGGCGCGAAGCCGAAUUCGUCGUCCGCUUCCAAGAGAUUCAGGCCGCACACGAGAUACUAUGCGAUGCCAACCUACGAGCCAAGUACGACGCCGAUAGAAGGAAAUACCGCAAUGUAUCUGCUCCUGGUCACACUCCGAACACGCCGCGAACGAGACCGCCGCCGCCUCCGAGAAAUGCAUACACGACAACCACCCCACAAGGCUCGUACUAUCGCGCACCUCCGCCGAAACCGCAGCCGCAAGCCCAGCGCCCUCCCCCACCGCAGCAACACCACAGCACAUACAACACCGGUGCGGACAGGUUCUCGGGCAGGAACUUCCGCGCGCCACCAACAGCGCAACGACCGGACACAAAGGCCAGGGAUGCAGAGGCUCGCGCGAACGUCUUCACGGCAUGGCAGAAGAUGAAGCAGCCACGGGGUGAGGACCCUCGGCAGCACAACCCAAGCGCCCAGAGCAGUCCGCAUACCAAUCCGCAGAACAACCCCAAUGGCACCCCCUUUGGCCGCAGUCAGAGCACCAGGGUCCCAUCGUCCAAGACUGGGUUUGACCCAUCAACACCAGGCGUCGAUGAAGGCCAGGCACGGUCAGCGUAUAGGAACUAUGCCCGUCCGGCUCCAACCCCACCCAUGUCCACGACUCCUGAUAUGGAUAGCCAUGCCGACGACGUCCCAUACUCAGAGGCCAACCGCGUUCGCACACCAUAUCACUCCCAUGUAGCAGGCGAGCGUACCUCCAUGUUCGAAGGCCUUGGACGGUCGUCCAGUGUGCGCAACUCACCCACACACUCGCACCGAGCGAGUUAUUCGCAAGAUGGGGGCGCCUUCUCAGACUCGGGUCGCAGAACACAAGGGAAGAAGGCCAGCGCGAAGCCGAACCCAUUCGCUCAUGGAUAUCCCGACUCUAGCGACGAAGAAUCCGACUCGGAAGCGUCCAACAUUGGCAACAAGCACCGUGACCCUCCUCCACCACCUCAAACCACAAGACCGCCUCCGCCAACCUGGUCAGAAGGUAACUUCACGACUCCUGAUCCGAAACGACAGAGCAACGGCGUGCCAGGGAACAUACCCAACAGCUUCAAGAGCAGGAGUGAAGAAAGCAUCAACUUGAAAUUCUCGCCUUCGGACUGGCAUGGCAAGUUCGAAGGCAGUGGCAGUUACUUUGCUCCUAACAUGCAAAAAGGUGCCAACGGAAAAGGCCGAGCCUCUCCAACCCGCGGCAGAUCACAGCGGAAUGCGACAGACCGCAACCCCUUCAGCACGCGGCCGAUGGACCCGCCUCCCGUUGCGCCCAACGGACAGCCAAUACCUCCUCCUCCACCGGGACCACCACCGGGUGUCAACUUCGCCCCACCCAAGAUGGCGCCACACACUGCCAAGUUCAGUCCUCAAGCCUGGCAAGAGACGUUCAAAGAUCCGAACUGGGUGUACAACCAGGAGAAGGAGACAUCGCCGCGUCGACCAUCAGAGGCUACGAAACGUCCAAAGGCUGCGCGAAAGGCUUCGGUACAGCAAAACGGAGCAUCGAAGCCGCAGGAAUCAACCGACUCAGCGAGGUCCAAGUACCAGGCCUUUGCAGAAGAGCCAGCAAAUGGUGAUGUAGAUGCCAUGGAUAUCGACCCUGUCCCACCACCAAGCGCGAAGCCCGCAAAGAAGGGAACGCGUACAUCACCGAGAUUGAAUACGGCAGGUGCAGAGGCGACGCCGAAUGGCUCUGCCACUGCACCUUCUUCUGCGACCACUGCUAAACCACCAGCCGAAGGAUUGAACGGUCUUGGUCCAGACAUGAUCAAUCCGGUCGUGGAGCCUCAAAACAACGGACUUUCCGGCUUGGGAUCUGUAAUGGAUGCUCUCCCUUUCCCUUCCGGCGCAUCCAGCUCACAUCCCAUCAAGGCAAACGCUGCAAAGAAUCUCAAGUAUCCAGAGAUACCCGGUGCACCUGUCCCACCUACCAAGCUGGAUGUGGCUUCUGUAAACACGUACUUCGACCGUAUGGGUGUCUAUGUCAAAUCCUACCGAGCCUACUGUCAAGUCCUUACUAGUCACUUUGCUGCGCGGAGUAGCGAGAUGGAAGCCUUGGAUCAUCACUUCAUCCACCAGCGCGGCGAGACCACCAGGGGAAUUGGGUUUGCGAGCUACAUGGCCAAGAUGGAAGAGGAUGAAAGUGUCAUGGAAACAUGGAAGCUUGCGCAAGAAAAGCACAUCACUGCGCUGCAGCAGUGUGCCGAUGUUCGGAACAAGACCAUGAAGUUGUACCAGACCCUACAGACCUGA